UUCUCUGAUAUAAAAGCGAAGCAGGCACAAACGCCUCACUCCUCUGCUUAGGGUUUUUAUAGCUGACAAAAGCGCACCAAGAGCCUCCUCGAAAACCUAGCACCCAAUCUCAUCACUUCGCAGCCAUGUCAAGGAGGAAGGUUAGGGAACCAAAAGAAGAAAACGUUACGCUUGGUCCUACCCUCAAGGAUGGAGAAUAUGCCUUUGGUGUGGCACACAUUUUUGCGUCAUUUAAUGACACAUUCAUUCAUGUGACAGAUCUGUCAGGAAGAGAAACCUUGGUGCGCAUAACUGGUGGUAUGAAGGUGAAAGCUGACAGAGAUGAGUCUUCCCCGUAUGCAGCUAUGCUUGCAGCACAGGAUGUUGCACAGAGAUGCAAGGAACUAGGUAUUACUGCUCUUCAUAUCAAGCUCCGUGCUACUGGUGGUAACAAAACCAAAACCCCUGGUCCAGGUGCCCAGUCUGCCCUCCGUGCCCUUGCUCGUUCUGGAAUGAGAAUUGGUCGUAUAGAGGAUGUGACUCCAAUUCCUACUGAUAGCACCCGUAGAAAGGGCGGCCGAAGAGGAAGGAGGCUGUAAAGCUUGCACUUCUUAUCUGGUCAGACCUGUUUGUCAUGGUGGUUGCUGGAUUAUGGGUCUCAGAAACUAGGAGCUGUUACUUUCAGUUUUGAGACUAGCUUUUGACUAUGUGGUUGCUAAAGAUUUAUAUUUUCAAUUAAUUUAGAAAGAGUUUAUGAGACUCUUGAAGUUUUUGUUUGUUAUCCGUACUUUGUUAAUGUGGUCUGCAAUGAGCUAUCUUAUGGCACGUUUUUGCAC